GGGUCACAGAGGUGCUGAGCCCUAGUCAGCCUCUGCCUGGAAAGUUCCCUCUGGGAACGUCUUCCGGUGGGUGCUUUGGGCCUGAUUCCAGGCCCUAUGGCCUGUGGAACCUCACCACUGGGGGGAAGGCUGGGCCGGAAGGAGUCAUCAGCUGUGGUGCCGGCCCCAUGGAGGAGGUGGAAUGGAUGCAAAGACGACCCAAGCCGGAAGACCUAAGGGUUGGGCUCAUCAGCUGGGCAGGAUCCUACCUCACUUAUGAGCCAUAUAAGAAUAUGGUCACUACUACUGCAAAAGGUUUGGGCCGGAGACAGACCUGGGAGAUUCUGGUCAGCAAUGAGCAUGAGACACAGGCUGUGGUACGGCUAAGGAGCUUGCAGGGCCUCUACCUUCUGUGUGAGGCAGAUGGCUCUCUGUGCUAUGACCGGCCAAGGACAAGCCACCAUGGAUGCUUCCUACUCCGUUUCCACCGCAAUGGCAAGUGGACCCUCCAGUGCAUAAUCAGUGGUCGUUAUCUGGAGUCCGAUGGCCACGAUGUGUUCUGCAACUCCCGGGUCCUCUCAGCUUACCAUAUGUGGACGCCCCGGCCAGCCCUGCAUGCCCACGUGGUCCUCUACAGCCCCUUCAACCACUGCUAUGCCAGGGCUGACUCUACUGCGGGUCGUGUCUGGGUGGACGCACCAGUUCCCUGCCUGGGGGAAUGUGGAUUCCUGUUGCAUUUCCAAGAUGGAUGCUACCACCUGGAGACAUCUACACACUGUUUCUUGUCCCACUUAGACCAACUGGUCUCCCAACCCUCGUCACAGACUGCUUUUCACAUGCAAGUGCGGCCUGGAGGAGUCGUGGCACUGAGUGAUGGAGAAGGGGGCAUGUUGUAUGCACAGGGCCCACGCCUGCUCCUGGGCCUGGGCUCCAAUCCCCAUAGGGGCGAGGAGUGGUUCAUCCUACAGCAUUGCCCCACCUGGGUCAGCCUCAGGGCAAAGACUCGGAAGUUCCUCUCUGUCCUCUAUGAUGUUGAGGUAUAUGCUGCCUCUGAACACUUAACCCCAAUGUCGUUGUUCCAGUUUGAAAGUGACAAUGACAGACCCAUUUUGCAGCUUCGUUCAGCCAAUGGUUGCUACCUAGCCCAGAGGCGCCAUAGGACAGUGCUGGCGAAUGGGCACCAGCUGGAGUGUGACACCUUCUUCCGUAUGCACUGGAAUUGUGGCAGGAUCAUCCUGCAGUCUCCCAAUGGACGCUUCUUGGGCAUCGCACCCAACAGCCUGCUGAUAGCCAAUGCCACCAUUCCAGGUCCAAGUGAGGAAUUUGGGAUUCGAUUAGCCAACCGCCCCUUCCUUGCAUUGCGAGGCCGGUAUGGGUAUGUGGGCAUCUCAUCAGGACAUGACCUCAUGCAGUGCAACAUGGACCAGCCCAACUGCAUUCACCUGCUGCCCUGCCGCCAGGGCAUCUACCAUUUUCAGGGGUGGAUCCUUCUGGUCAAUAACAUCCUUCGGUACCUUUCGCCCUUGGGGAAAGUUUGCCCUCAACUUCUGUAUCGAGCUUCAGGGGAGCAACUUGCUCACAGUGCUGGCACCCAACGGCUUCUACAUGCGAUCCGACCGAAGCGGCACCCUGUUGGCAGACAGCGAGGACAUUACCAAAGAGUGUAUUUGGGAAUUUUAGGUCAAUGGGCUGCCACCUACAGAAAUCCAAUUCCUCCAGGAGAAACUACUACACUGAACAAAACAGAAACCCCAGAGUCAAGAUCCACGAGAAGAAUAUCUGUUUACACAACUUUUCCUACCCAGUUUAGCAAAACAUCUGUUUUGAGCAACAAUACAUCACAAAAGGCCACCCCCAAGACCCUGGUGUGCGUCUUACUCGGUACAGAGUAGGGGUCUGGAGGAGGGGGUAGGUUGAUACUGGGGCCCCACAUCACUCC